GACAUGUCAGGUAUCCCAUAAGAGCUUUUGUUCAGAACCAACUACAGUGUUUCAGGUGCCAAGUGUAUGCUCAUGUUGCAGCAGUAUGUAGGAGGGACAUUAUUAGGUGUGAGAAGUGUACAGGAGGGAAUGGGACAAAGGAGUGGGUAGUUUUGUUGGAAAAGGUGGUGUGUUUCAAUUGUGAAGGUGCGCAUGUUGCUGGGGAUCAGAAAGGUCAUGUGCAAGUGAGACAAUUUGAGGUUGCCAGGGUUACAGUGCAGAAAGUGUCUCAUGCUGAGGCAGUGAGGAAAGUAGAUGUUGAUGGGGGAAAAAGUGAGGCCGGGAAAGGGAGCCUGAGAGGAUCCCUGUGACUAGUAGGCCAGUACAGAGUGACCUGGACAAUUUGAGCUUUAGUAAGGUUGGCUUCUUGUCGUUUAUUGCUAUGGUCAUUAACUGUACCACACAGAUGGAGAAGAAAUCCAAGAAGAUAGGUUAAGUAAUAGCAGCAGCAGAAAAGUUUUUGGGUGUCAGAGUGUUUUGAGAGAAGGGGUUCCAGCCUCCCAGGCCAACAGCCUGUAGUGGGAUAUAUCUAGGGUUAGAUGGUGGUGCAAUUUCUUUUUCCCCCAUUUGUGUGACCAAAAUGUGCAAUUCGCUCUCCGACCUGGGAAAGGCAGCAAAACGUCUAGUCUGCCGGAAAACUACACGAAGAAGAGCAAUUAAACGGAAGUGAACAGUGAUCAAGUACAAUUUUUACAUUAGCGUUUAUGUUGUUGUUAUUCAGACGUUUAUUAACACACUGCACAGCAUCACAUACUUACCCCAGGUAGUCUUAUAUUCGCGUUGGAGACAGGACAGGUUGAUGUUAUCUAGGUAAAGCUAGGUUCUAACAAUGGCUAACUGUAUGGUUUUUCACACUCAAAUAGCCUCCAUCAUGGAGGUGUUAGCGAAUGCAGCCGUGGCAGAGGUCUGUAAACUCGUAGACGAUGACUAUGCAGUGUUUCGUUUGGAAAUAACUCAAAGACAUAAAGAAAACAGGGCAUUGCAGAGGAAACUACAGCUACUUGAACUGAAGGUAUCACGGGACCGCGCAGACAAGAUGAUGCGAGAGCGCAUUCUCGCCAGUCGUCCCAGAAGUGUCAAGAUCCUCGACCGAUACAGAGGAACCGCAAGAGGUGAAGGACAUCUCACUGGAGGCCACAGGAGCUUUGUGAAGUCAGCGGAACACAACACAUGGAGAGAUGACCAACCAAUCACUGUUGAUGAGGGGAGUGGAACCUCUAACCAGCACUUUAUCAUGAUAGAGGAUGCAGAGGCUGCAGGUCCUGGGGUCAAGCUGGAGAGGUCUCAAGAAGUGGAGGACCCACAGCACAGCAGAGACAUCCAUACUGGAACGGCUGGAGCUCCCCCUGUAGCCACGGAGGACCCCACCACCGCCCCAGUGCCACCCAUUACCCGACGAAACAUCACGGAGGAGGAGGAGGUGCUGCUGGUGAAGGAGGAGGGGUGUGAGGAGGGUCUGGGGAAACCUGAGGGGACCAUGGUCAUGGAGAACAACCAGACUACACCUUCUCCUGAACCCCCAGUGGAACCAGCUGAGCAGCACAGGACCACACACAGUCUCACUGAGUCAGUAGACAUGGAGGAUGGAAAGCCUGAUAUGCUGCUAGUCAAAGACGAGACAAUAGAAGACGGACCAGAGAGCAUUGACCUGCUGAGUGGACUAAAGAUGGGGGAGCAAGGUGGUUGGCUGGAGGCCAACAGAGGAGACUGGGUGGCCAUCUUGGAUUCCCAGAGCCAGACGGGUGCACUCAAUGGCCUGGGGGAUGACAUCACUGAGCAAGCCAGGACCAGAGGCGACGUAGUGGUCAGUGGAUGGGACAGUGUCCUCAACUCUGGGCUGGGGAACAACACUGUUAACCACAACCAGAAACAGACUGUCGAACACAAAAUAACAGCUGAACUUAGUCUUCAUGACAACAGACUGGCUGAGACCAGGGUAAGGCGUAGAUUUGGUUUGCGGGGACGGGGAGGUGUCUGUAUGAGAACAGACACAGACUCAGCUAGCGAGUCAUCCUGCUCCUAUAGUUGUGAUUCAGAGAGACUGAUGGCGCCUCAGGUUAACCCCCUAACAGGUGCUGCCUUCAGCCUGCCUUCUAUAGGAUCUAUCAAUUGGAACAUGGACCCUGCAACAACACAGACACUCCCUGGCCUUCAUCCUCCUCACACUCUCCUAAUGUUAAACCAGACCUCAGACAAUGCAAGUACCUCAACACUAAAUGGCUACACAAGCCCAUUGACCAAUGACAGUAGUAGAGACAGAAUCAGUAAAGGUGGCAUCGCCAAAGAGAAGCGCUUCCCAUGUUCGUUCUGUGGGAAAACCUUCAGUUUCCCCAAACAAGUAGAGAUCCACCAGAGGAUUCACACGGGGGAGAAACCAUACGGCUGCCACCUGUGCUGGGCCAGUUUUUCACACUCGUUCAGCCUGAAGAGGCACCAGAGGGUCCAUACAGGGGAGAAGCCAUUCAAUUGCCACCUGUGCCGGGCCAGUUUUUCACACUUGUUCAACCUGAAGAGGCACCAGAGUGUCCACACAGGGGAGAAAUCCUGAAGCUGCCCCAGUGUGAGAAGAGGUUCUCCCACCAGCACCAGCUGAAGAUGCACCUGAAGGUCCACAAGGGAGAGAGGCUGUUCGCCUGUACGCACUGCGGGAAGAGGUUCUCAGAGGAGAGACCUCAGGAUACACCAGCAGAAAACAUGGCCCAUGUAUAGAGUAUAGUGAUAUGUAGUACUGGUUAGUGUGUUUGUAGUUAAUUCUGUUGCUUUUGGAUGUAGUAGGGAACUAGAUGAGGUGAACUCCACCCAGCACAGCUAGAAGAGGACUGGCCACCCCUCAGAGCCUGGUUCCUCUCUAGCUUUCUUCCUAGGUUCCUGCCUUUCUAGGGAGUUUUUCAUAGCCACCGUGCUUUUACAUCAUGCAUUCCUUGCUGUUUGGGGUUUUAGGCUGGGUUUCUGUAUAGCACUUUGUGACAUCUGCUGAUGUAAAAAGGGCUUUUUUAAUACAUUUGAUUGAAAUGUGAUUGAACUGAGGAAAGAAUGAGUAUGAUGAGGCAGAGUAGAUGAUAUGGUAAUGGUUGGUGUGAUGCUGUCUGUAAAAAUAUUUCACUAAUGAAGAAUGACAAACUUAGUCCCUUUAGGUUGACAUUGGUGUUAUAGUGAGAUCAGGAUGGUGCCUUAUAAUGUUAAACCUUUUCCGAAGUAUUCUAAAAUUCAUUUUUAUCAAAGUAAGGGUUCCAGAUUUACAGAAAAGUUACUAUAGUGAGAAAAGUUAAUUUACUUGUAUCGUUUUGUGCAAUAAAAGUACUGUACUUCAUUAUGCAAGUAGAUUUGUUGAAAUUAUAUACAAAAUUGACUCUG